ACCCACAAUCCCUCCUGCUGCUGAGGGCACUCGAGGGGCCGUGGCUGCCGCUGCCCCCCAGCAGCAGGAGGGAUGAAGGGCAGACUCUUAGGAAGGCCUUAGGAAGGGUGUGGUGGUAAGAGAGCACCGGACUCCAGGAAGAUGCUGAAUUAGGAGGCACUGCGCCUUUAAGAAGGGGCCGGGCCUAAGAGGGGAAGGAACCAAUGAAUGACCUAAAGGUGGAGCUUUAAGAAGGGAUUGCUAGUCUAUUACCUAGAGGCGGGGCCUCAAGAGGGUAGCUAAGUGUAAGGUCGCAAGGGUUGACAUUGGGGAGGGAGGAUCCAAUAAAUGUCAUCGGAGGGCGGGACCUCAGGAAGGAAGAGCCAAUGAUUGAGCAGUUGCGAAGGCGACCCCGGCAGACUCUGGUCAGAGGAGAGAAGCAAGAUGGCGGCGCCCAGGGCGCUUCUCCAAGCCAGAUACCCAGCGUGGUGGGGAGGAGGAACCCCCAGGACCCUGAGCAGCUGGAGUAACAUUGGCCAAGGCCCUAACCCCAACUAUGACCUGAAUCCGAAUCGUGGCCAUGCCCCGCAGCAGGGGCUGAUGGCCAGCAUGGCUUCCCGAUUCUAUGAUGUGGAACAAUUUCGAGAGUGGAUUUUCCGUUUCUGGAGCUGGAAUCUAUAUAGGAAAAACAGGGUCUUCAGCUACACAUUGAGACACUAUGGCCCUGAUGUGGCGGCUGCUCACUUUGUCCUGACCCAGGGGGGAGCUGUCAGGUUCCAGGACCACGAGUGGAUCCUCCCCAGAGACAAGAACCGAUUCCUUCGGAACAGUCUUCACUUCCAGAAGCUGGCCCUGGAGGAGGUGGACGCCAGUGGCUGUGUCAUUAACUACUAUGGGCUGGAGAACUUGGUGUUCCUUGGAGGGCUGAGGUCCCUGAAGCUGUGUGGCUGUCCCAAUGUGGAUGACUGGUGCCUGAGCCGCCUGUACUCUCUGGGCAGCAGCCUGCAGGAGCUCUCUCUGGCUGGCUGUCCCCGGGUCACCGAGCGAGGCCUGGCCUGCCUCCACCACCUCUGGAACCUCCGGCGUCUGGACAUCUCCAACCUUCCAGGCCUGUCCAAUAAGGGCCUAACCCAGAUUCUGGUGGAGGAGAUGCUGCCCAAUUGUGAGGUGGUCGGGGCAGACUAUGCUGAUGGGCUGGAGCCCCUCCCUGAAGAAGGGGGGUGUGUGGAAGAGAAGGUGGCAGCGGGGGUGGCAGCAGCCAUCCCUGGUGCCCCGGCAGGUCCCAUGCCUAUGUAGAUGCUCUGGGAGUCCCUCCGUGCCCCCCAGGCACCCCAAAAGACACUGCGGCCCCAGGCUUUGGAGGGUCCCCCUUCUACCUCCAGAGAGAGAAAACACUGUGGAACAGAGGGGCACCAUCAGGCAUGUUGCCCAGAAGCCCCUUGUCCUCCCCGCUCUGUACCCUGGGCUUAGAGAUGUAUCAGAAGUAAAGGAUUACCCCAAGGAUGCUGGGAGGGGAGACAGGACAGGGGAAGUUUGGCCUGCUUCCCCCACCCCCUCUCUUAGCUUCUCUGCACCCCCGACUAAAUGGGGGGCCCCUACUAGCCCCCCUCAUGUAGUUGUCCCCAGAAUCUCCCCUCAUUUCCUUCAUGUCCUGGGAUGGGGCAGGGCUGAUAAUUGGAGUGAUGGACAGGAGGAACAAGAGGUGAGCCAGGGAAUUCUGUACCAAGGGGAUGAUCAAAAGGGGGGCCUGGCAAAUCCAGGCAGCACCCCCUUGGAUGGUUGUCUCAGAAACCAGGGUGAUAGAUACCCCAGGAGAUGCUGAUGGCUCAUCCCUCCUUCCUCCCAACCUCCACUGGGAUGUGGUGUCUGAGUGCAGAGCCGAGUCCAUUAAUUCCAGGCUGCAUUUCUCCCCCUUCCCCACGGGCUUCAUUAGUCUGAGGAAGGGAGGGGGGCUGGGACUCAGUCACUCACCACAGGCCCCCCCCACCCCCUUCACACAGAUAAUAAACAUCUUUGGAAACCA